AUGUCAUAUAAUUUUGCAAACAAAAUUGCCAUUGUUACUGGUGGUCUUUCAGGAAUUGGUUUAGCCACCACAGUUAAAUUACUUAACUUAGGUGCAAAAGUUGUAGUUGGUGAUAUUACCCCAGCUAAUAAAGUUGAUGCUGCUUUAAAUACCAUUAGAAAAUUAUCCCCCAACAAUCAUAGUGUUCAAUUUAUUCAUACUGAUGUGGCAAAAUUUGAAGAUAAUACCAACUUAGUUGAUUUUACUCUUGAUGAACAUAAAGGUUUGAAUUUUGUUGUUGCUAAUGCUGGAAUGAUUAAUACUACUUGUUUAGGAGCUGAUGAAACUUUUGAUGAAUUUAAACGUGUUAUUGAUGUAAAUCUUAAUGGAUUAUUUGCACUUAAUAAAUUGGCAAUUAAAUAUUGGGAAGAAUUUGAAAAACCAGGAAAUAUUGUUAAUGUUGGUUCUAUUUUAAGUUAUGUUGGUAAUCCUGGUUUAGCCAAUUAUACAGCUUCAAAAGGUGGUGUUAAAUUAUUAACUCAAACUUUAGCAAUUGAAUAUGCUAAGAAGGGAAUUAGAGUUAAUUCAGUUAAUCCAGCAUAUAUUAAAACUCCAUUAUUGGAUGCCUUGGAAAAGAAGGUUUAUGAUGAAUUGGUUUUAAGACAUCCAAUUGGUAGAUUGGGUGAACCUGAAGAAAUUGCCGAUGCAAUUGCAUUCUUGUUGUCUGAUGAAGCAUCAUUUAUUACUGGUAUUUCCUUGUUAGUUGAUGGUGGUUAUACUGCUCAAUAG